AUGUCGAUAAAAUUUAUUCUUGUAGUCGUAAGUACAUUUAUAUUAAUCGGCAAUGUACAUAGUGAAAGAAGUAACAGAGCCAUAAAUAUUGAGUGGGACCCCGCACAUCCACCCUUUGAUCCAAAUAUAUACGAGGAAGUUUUAGAUCCUGAGCUAUGCGCAAAACAAAUACAAUAUUUAAUCACUAACGAUACGCUUUUGAUGAUGACAUUUCUCGAGUCAGGCCCAAGAAUACCGCGAGCAAUUCUGCAAGGAAAUCUAUUGGAUCUUGGAAAUUAUCAUCAAUGCCUUGGUAUUAACAAAGAAAUCGAUGACAUGGUUAUUGAAGGGAAGUAUUGCCAGAUAAGAAUUAGAUUUUCAGAUCUUGUAAACCUAAGAAAUGCAAGGGGAAAUGAAUGGGAAAACUUUAAAAAAUCUGGCGAUGCUUUAAUAGACGAUUUGAGUAUAUAUGAAAGAAUACAAGAAAAUUUAGAAAUGCUGAAUGGGAUAGAAAGUACACAAAAUUUAAGCACGGGUGCAGCAAAUAUCGGUGGCUUAAACUUUAGAGUAGCUGUUUGCAUACCAAAGCCUUGCUCCGUAAAGCAUGCCGUAUCAAAUCUCAUUGGAACGGGGUUGAUCAAUGUUGAUGAACAAUUUUGUCGAUUCAAAAAUGACAAACCAUGGGCGCCUAGUGUUUACGUAGCUAUUGUCGUAUUAAGUUUACUUGGUUUAUUGGCCAUUCUUAGCACAAGUUAUGAUAUCUGGAAUACCCAAAUUCGUAAACGAGAUCCCAAGUCGCUCAAUACAAUUUACCAAUCAUUCUCAGUAUAUACAAAUUCUCGUCGACUGAUCACAUAUAAACCAGUUCGCGGUGCUUUAGAAUGUGUCGACGGUAUCAGAACAAUAACUAUGCUUUGGGUUGUAAUUGGUCACCUACUUGUCACUUUGCCACCAAUUAUCAAUAACGUGGACUAUUUUGAGUGGGGUUUUUCCUUUGCUUCAAUUUGGUUGACUGCAUCCCCAAUUGCUGUGGACACUUUCUUCCUGCUAAGCGGUUUACUGAUCGUCUACACUAGUUUUGGAAAAGUUAGCAAUAUGAAACUAAUAAAGAACCUUCAUCUGUUUUAUCUCAAUCGAAUUCUACGAAUGUUUCCUCUGUUAGCUACGGUCGUGCUGCUGAGUGUUGGUGUUUUACAUUAUAUCCAUGAUGGUCCAAAUUGGCACUCAGUAGCGGACAUCGUUGAACAAUGUCGAAUAAACUGGUGGUCAACAUUGCUUUAUGUGCAGAACUAUAUUCGACCAGUGUGUGUACCUCAAACCUGGUACUUAGCAAUCGACAUGCAGCUACACAUUUUGUCUCCGCUGGUGUUAUUCUGGGUAUUAUCAGGAAAAAAAAAUAUCGCGUGGUCGGCUUUGAUUAUUGCAGUAUUAGUUUCUCUCACAGCGUCAUCAAUAUACAAUUUUAUGAAUAAUUUUAGUGGUUCUUAUGUUCGACCAGAAAUGAGUGGAGCAGAACAUCUAAGAUACAGGAGAUAUUAUUACUACAAUACAUUAACAAGAUGCUCACCUUUCUUUGUUGGUAUGUGCUUUGGAUACUUGAUACAUUAUUGGAGAGAAAAUAAUAUUCGAUUAACAAAGAUCUGGAAUUGCAUAUUAUGGAUCGUCAAUUUAGCCGUACUGUGGUUGGCUUUCUACGCGACUGAACCGCUAAAAAACGCUGAGUUUGAUAAUCAAACUUAUGAUAACUUUGUGAAUUCGUUCAUGCGACCAGUGUGGGCUCUUGGAGUUGGCUGGCUUGUUCUUGCUUGCGCUGAAGGUUAUGGAGGCCCGAUCAACUGGUUUCUGUCGCUGCGAAUUUGGAAAUUGCCAUCUCGGCUUUCUUACGCGAUCUAUUUGUUCCAUUUUCCAAUACAAUACGUCAUAAGGGGAGCCGCUUCCCAACACAUACACUUUUCUGUUAUGAAUUUUAUUUACAUAUUCUGCGGCCAAUUUGUAAUAGUUUUCAUAAUCAGCUUUGUUUUUACAAUUCUGGUGGAUUCUCCGUGUUCUACUAUUUCCAAGGUGCUCUUAGGAGGUGGUAUCAAAAAGUCAGACACAGAGCAACAAGAUGAUAAAAGAGAUGUCCAAAAAACAAACUGUGAUUAAUCAAGGAACACACGACAUUACCAAUAGAUAAACGAAAUCGCAAAAUUACAUACUUUUUAUUAAAAACUACAUACCGAAAAUGUUAUUUUUCUUAUCAUUAUUAUUUUAUACAAGAGACCACCAUGUGUCGAAUUUACGAGUUAAUAAAACAUGAAUUUAAACAGUUUCAGUGUGCAAUGCACAAUGGGAAUUGAGCGCGCCAACAUCUCCUCUACCUAUCUGAAAAAUAGGGAGACCCGACCCGAGGCUCUAGUCUUUUGAAAACCAGAAGAAGUCUGUGUAUAUGGACUAAUAUAGGGUCAGGAUCUGACUGAUAAGGUCUCCAUGCAGACUUGCUUGCACAGGUUAUAGUGCCCUUCCUGCAUAACCAAGAGGUUGAUAGCGAGGGUCACUACAAACAAAACUUACGAUAGAUACGGAACUGUCCCUCAGCGUGAAAGUGGGACCUGUAACGAGCCCGAAAUGUUGCUUUGUUUGAAAAAAACAAGUAUAUACAGUUGAAAUCCGAAAAAACAGUUUCAUUUCCAAUAUGUAGCAAUCGUGACAACGUAAGAACUCGACACUACGAAUUGCGUUCAACUCAAAGUGCUCUUUACUGUAUUUAUACUUGCUGGAUUAUUUUCUUUAAUCAAGGACCGGGAGAAUUGGCAUGCCGAAUUAAUUAGCUCGAUUAGGAGCUACGACGCUACAGCCAGACAUGCACAAGGAUACACAGACAUAGGCUUUAAACUUAUAACACUCUUUGCAUCGGGAGUUUUCUGUCCCCAGCUCAAUCACGGCACAAGCCUUCUAACAACUGGAUGAAGUCCGUGCAAACGGGCUGGUCUGUGGUCAAGACCUGACUGAGAAAGUCCCUAUGCGGGCUUGUUCGCACAAGUUAUAGUGCACUUCCGGCGUAACCAAGAGGUUGAUAGGGAUAUAUCAACCAUAUCAACAAAGCUUAUAUAGAAAGAUACGGAGUCUCCCAGCGUGACCAUGGGACCUGUAACGAGCCCGAAAUGUUGGUUUGUUUAAAAAAACAAAUAUACACUUAUUUUUCGAUUGAAAUCUGAAAAAAUAGUUUCAUUUCUAAUAUGCUGUAAUCGCGACUACCCAAGAACUCGACACCUUAACACAGCAACAUUUAACGGGAU